GUUGAGACGGCCCCCGAUCAGCGCCAUUUUCUACAGGUAUUUAGCUGGAACCGGUUGAAUGAAAUUCAUUUACAUGAAUAGGACAAUGGCCGCUCCCCGCUGAGGACUCGCUUGGACCUGUACGCUGUAGGGACCGUAUGUCUGACACGGGAAGUGUGUGUAGUGUGACACGGACUUACUAAACAUCAGCACCUAUAUUUUGGUAUAAACACCAGCAUGGGUCGAGGAUCGCUAUGUCUACUGUUUUUUGCCUUGUCUUUCCUGCUCGUGUCCCUAGGUCUGACCCUGGCCAGUAUUGUGACAGACUUCUGGUAUACAUCUGACGCAUCUACAGCCACCAACCAAACCGUCCAGAGUGUCUUCUCUUACCACAUGGGCAUGUGGAGGAAGUGUUACACACACGGCAUACCCGACAGUGUACCAUUGGACCGUCGGACUGGGAUGUGUGGCUACACGUACCAAGAUCUCAUCCCUGUCCGAGAAGAUACCCGUACCUUCGAGGAGAAACGUUACUUACAUUUGGAGAGGUCGUGGCUGGGUUGUAUGAUGGGUUGUGCUGCUGUUCAGGUAUUCAGCGUCCUAACAUUGAUCUGUGGACUAUGGCCAGCCGAUUGUAAAAGUUUAAGAAAGUCCAGUCUGUACCUGGUGUCCGCCAUCUUGAGUCUGAUUGCAGGCAUGUGCGGCAUAGCGAGCGGUAUCUGCUUUAUUGCCCUUCGGGACAAUGACAUUUACACACGUAUGAUCUACCCGAGUCAAGUGACAUACGCUUACGGUUGGUCCUUUGCGUUAGGCUGGGGAGGGACAGGACUUUGUCUCCUGGAAGGAUUUAUCUUCUUGUGUCUCCUCAGGAAGGACUACGAUGACGUCAACGAAACCCGAAAGUAUAACUCUUUUGGCUGACACUGGGACAGAACUGUUUAGUGAUGUACUAUAAUGGGACACAAAUACAUGCUUGAUUACACUAGAAGUAUUAUUUAUUCUCUCUGUACUGGCCACAUCUAUUGAUGUCACGACAGAUUCUGAAGACUAUCGAAAUGCUGUCGCUUAAUGGAUAUUGUGUGACCACCAUUAUAUACCUACCUGGAUCUGUCUCUGUUUAACUUCCGGUUGACCUGUUUCCUAUGCAUUCUGGACCUGUCUCGGUUUACUUCUGUUUGAGCUGUCUCUGCCGCUUUUUGUAUUGUUUGAUCCUACAUACAUGUGUCUCCUUAACGACAGCAUUCCGUUACUGUCUCAAUAUCUGUGCACCAACAUUUAAAUCAAUGGUUUUAUUCAUGAAUUACAAUUAUAAUACAGAAUCGUAAUGUUGUGCUGAGACCUUCUGUAGUAAUACACAGGUAAUGAUUUUCCAGUCGACUCCGGAAAUAUCGAGGUAUAUGUUGAAAAAUUCCAAUAAGAAAUCCGAGGACUAUAAACAAUUGGUGUUCUAGCCUGCUGGUUAUAGUUUGUACACAUAGUCGGUACCGUUAAGUGUACACAUUGUAGGUACCGUUAAGUGUACACAUAGUAGGUACAGUUAAGUGUACACAUAGUAGGUACCGCUAAGUGUACACACAGUCAGUACCGUUAAGUGUACACAUAGUAGGUACAGUUAAGUGUACACAUAGUAGGUACCGUUAAGUGUACACAUAGUAGGUACAGUUAAGUGUACACAUAGUCGGUACAGUUAAGUGUACACAUAGUAGGUACAGUUAAGUGUACACAUAGUAGGUACCGUUAAGUGUACACACAGUCAGUACCGUUAAGUGUACACAUAGUAGGUACCGUUAAGUGUACACAUAGUAGGUACAGUUAAGUGUACACAUAGUAGGUACAGUUAAGUGUACACAUAGUCGGUACAGUUAAGUGUACACAUAGUAGGUACAGUUAAGUGUACACAUAGUAGGUACAGUUAAGUGUACACACAGUCAGUACCGUUAAGUGUACACAUAGUAGGUACAGUUAAGUGUACACAUAGUAGGUACAGUUAAGUGUACACAUAGUAGGUACCGUUAAGUGUACACAUAGUCGGUAUAAUUAAGUGUACACAUAGUAGGUACCGUUAAGUGUACACAUAGUAGGUACCGUUAAGUGUACACAUAGUAGGUACAGUUAAGUGUACACAUAGUAGGUACCGUUAAGUGUACACAUAGUCGGUACAGUUAAGUGUACACAUAGUAGGUACAGUUAAGUGUACACAUAGUCGGUACAGUUAAGUAUACACAUAGUAGGUACAGUUAAGUGUACACAUAGUAGGUACCGUUAAGUGUACACAUAGUCGGUACAGUUAAGUGUACACAUAGUCGGUACAGUUAAGUGUACACAUAGUAGGUACAGUUAAGUGUACACAUAGUAGGUACAGUUAAGUGUACACAUAGUCGGUACCGUUAAGUGUACACAUAGUCGGUACAGUUAAGUGUACACAUAGUAGGUACAGUUAAGUGUACACAUAGUAGGCACCGUUAAGUGUACACAUAGUCGGUACAGUUAAGUGUACACAUAGUCGGUACAGUUAAGUGUACACAUAGUAGGUACAGUUAAGUGUACACAUAGUAGGUACCGUUAAGUGUACACAUAGUCGGUACAGUUAAGUGUACACAUAGUAGAUACAGUUAAGUGUACACAUAGUAGGUACCGUUAAGUGUACACAUAGCCGGUACCGUUAAGUGUACACAUAGUCGGUAUAAUUAAGUGUACACUUCAGUUUAUAAUCUAAUGAACUGAUGCUUUACAUGCUAGACCUUCCCUUCCGAAAAACAAACAAACAAAAUUAAGAUGCUGGCCACUCUUGCCUUCCUGUGUCUGCCCCCAUCCCUACCUGUGUUAAAGAUCUGUCUGCGGCUAUUACGGCCUACCUGUGUCUGCCCCCAUUCCCAU